ACACUAAAUCAAUUUUUAACAGAGAACCGUAUUUUAAGCUUAUUUCCUACGUUGUGCAACCCAGUUGGAACUUGGAAUUAUAGAUCGCAUCCAUCAAUUUUUUGGCUUAAACCCUAACUACAAUUUCUUUCAAACUACCGACUGCUCCAAAUGUUCAAGAAGUUCUGCAAUGAAGAAGUGUCUGGACAAAAUCAAGUCAAAGCUUCUGUCCAGCGCAGAAUCCGGCAAAGCAUUGCAGAAGAAUACCCAGGACUCGAGCCUGUUCUUGAUGACUUGCUUCCAAAGAAAUCACCCCUGAUUGUUGCAAAAUGUCAAAAUCAUCUGAAUCUAGUCGUGGUGAACAAUGUACCACUGUUUUUCAACAUACGUGAUGGACCAUAUAUGCCCACACUGCGGCUUCUUCAUCAAUAUCCAAAUAUAAUGAAGAAACUGCAAGUUGACAGGGGAGCUAUUAAGUACGUCCUGUCUGGUGCUAACAUAAUGUGUCCCGGACUUACUUCUCCAGGAGGUGCCCUCGAUGAUGAAGUAGAAGCAGAGACUCCUGUUGCAAUAAUGGCUGAAGGGAAGCAACAUGCUCUUGCUAUUGGAUUUACAAAAAUGUCAGCAAAGGAUAUAAAAACAAUCAACAAAGGAAUUGGUGUUGACAAUAUGCACUAUCUUAAUGAUGGCCUUUGGAAGAUGCAGCGGCUGGAUUGAGUGUAGAAACCAAACAAUGGAUAUCAUCUGGCGCUCCCUCUAAUGAUUAUCAUCAUUGUUUGUUAUAAACUAUUUUUAAAGUGCUUACACUAUAAUUAUGUAGAUUGGAGCUGAAAUUUGCCGAGCGUCUCUGCGUUUUGUGCAUUUUUAAUCUAAAGUUGACGAACAUUUCAGAGUAUAUAUAACAUGUGUGUGAUAAUUUAUUAGCAAAGAUUUAUGUUCUUUAAUUUCAACUUUUUGUGUGUGGUCAAAU